UCAUGGGUCGCCAAUUCUUCGUCGGUGGGAACUUCAAGAUGAAUGGCAAUAUUAAGACCAUUCGAGACAUCGUCCACAACAUCAACCAGGCAAAGCUAGACCCCAAUGUUGAGGUUGUCAUUGCCCCGCCGUCUCUCUAUCUCCUCCUUGCCCGCGAACACCUCCGCAAGGGUAUCGAGGUUGCCGCCCAGAAUGUCUUCGAUAAGCCCAACGGCGCUUUCACCGGAGAGAUCAGCGUGGACCAAUUGAAGGAGUCUGGCAUAACUUGGACACUCACGGGCCACUCGGAGAGGAGAGUGAUCCUACAGGAAGACGAUGCGUUCGUCGCUAGCAAGACCAAGGCUGCCCUUGAUGGAGGCCUAGGCGUCAUUUUGUGCUGUGGUGAGAGCUUGGAGCAACGUGAAGCCGGAAAGACCAUUGAGGUUGUGACUACCCAGCUUAAGGCUGUUGCAGACGUUGUCAAGGACUGGUCAAAGAUUGUGGUUGCAUAUGAGCCGAUUUGGGCCAUUGGAACCGGAAAGGUGGCUACCACUGAGCAGGCCCAGGAGGUUCAUGCGGCAAUCCGGGAGUGGUUGAAGAAAGAGGUUUCUCCCGAAGCGGCUGAUUCGACUCGCAUCCUCUAUGGCGGCAGUGUCACCGAGAAGAACUCCAGUGAUCUGGCUAAGCAGCCAGACAUUGAUGGCUUCUUGGUCGGCGGCGCCAGCUUGAAACCAGCUUUCGUCGAGAUCAUCAACGCGAAGCUAUGAGCAGAUAUGCCAGUCUUGCUGAAGGUUGAGAUACCUACAUGCUGUAGAGUCUAUGUCUCAAUCUGGUCCAUAUCACAGGCACCAAACAUAAAAAAGAUAUGAAUGCAAGUUUGCUCAACCUGAGCCGUGUUGAAGAUUCGUUCCACUCCACUAGCUCUACAAAUAUAUAUACAUGCCCAAUUUCCAAUGCGCCUUCCAUGCCAACUGUGGUAUACAUCUAUACAUGCCCCGCCUCUUUGCGCAUCUCAUAUUUUAUACUGCGCGCCGUGAUAUGGACUCCAAAUGCCUCUCACGCUCUCGUUGACGCUGGUCACCGGCUUGUUCACCCUCUUCAACUUCUCGCCACUGGCAUCCCUCAGUAGGCUUGCUUUCUCGAGGAUCAUCUCGGUUGUCAUAUUCCUUACACAGACGGCCUUUUCUCGUCCAUUGAUGUAGUGGCCCUUGACGACAGGAUGUUUAUGCGGUCGAGGGGAGACAGUGAUUUCGAU